UUGGAAUAAUUAAUGCAAUUGGGAAUUAUCUGCUGUCACUUCUGCAGUGUCCGUAAGGUGGCGCUCGUGUGUGGACCUGGUUAGUCUGUUGCCGAAUCGUGAAGGAAUUUCUAGAAAUUUCACCAAGAUGGACGCGCAGGCCGUUCUUCUAGGUGUUCUUGUCCUGAUAAUAAAUAUCGUCCUCACAGCAGCCGAGUUUAACCGGGUAUGUUUCUACAGUGGCUGGUCACUGUACCGGGACGGGAAGAUGGGUUUAGCUCCCGAAGACAUCGACCCCUAUCUGUGUACCCAUGUAGUGUUCGCCUACGCAACACUUGACGACACCGGAACACAGAUACGGGUACCGGACGGCUACGAAACUGAGGAGCUCAAUCUGUUCCGGAGGUUCCACAGCAUGCGUUCCAAGAACGAAGAUCUGGUGAUGAUGUUAUCAGUUGGAGGUUGGGCCACUGAUAGUAAACUUUUCUCUAAGACAGUGUCCUCUGAGGAAAACAUGCAGCACUUCGCAGAGGAGGCAAUUAAUUAUCUCCGAAAACACGACUUCGACGGUCUGGAUAUCGAUUGGCAGUUCCCAGCAACUCGAGGUAGUCCACCAGAGGAUGUACAGCGUUACUACAGAUUCCUAAGGCUACUCCAGUGGGAGUUCGAGCACGAAGAGGAACCUGAUGACAAGAGUACCCUUAUCUUAACCAUCUCUGUAGAUCCGACAGUGGAGAGGGCCACCAUUUCAUACGACCUGCCGAGAUACUCAAGAUGGGUGAACUGGAUCAACAUGAAAAUGUUUGACUUCUAUGGUCACUGGAACGAUCCAAAUGUCGCCAAUCACCACAGCGCACUUUACAGUGCUCACGAUCCCAAUAAUGUGAACAACCUAAGUCGUUACUGGGUUAACAAGGGAGUACCACGUCAUAAGAUCGUACUUGGUUUACCAAUGUACGGUCGUUCCUUCACACUAGUCAACAGAAACUACACCCAGGCUGGGGCACCGACCGUCGGUCCAGGUGCUGAUGAGGGAGACGGCUACCCCAUAUCUCAGCUUUGCCACCUAAUCAAAAAUGGAGCCAAGGAAAUGAUGAUCGCCGAUAAGCGUGUUCCUUACGUAGUCAUCAACAACGAGUGGAUCGGGUACGACAACCCCGAGAGUAUCAAACAAAAGGCUCGUAUCGUUUUCAACAACUUUCUGGGUGGAGUGAUGAUUUGGACUUUAGAUAUGGACGACUACCGCGGCUCGUGUGGUGUUCCCUACCCUUUGAUGAACGCCGCUCUGGACGGUCUUCACGCGCGCCACGGGUAUAAAGAGCUCAUCACCAACGCCAAGCAGGACCAAGCCCAACAGGCUGCCGCCAAAAAGGAAAUUUACCGACAGAGGGCGCUCGGAUGGCAAAUGCAGGACCAACAGGAAUCGAUUCAUACCCAACAAAGAGGAGGAGGCGGAGGUCGCAGGAGGGGCUGGUGAACACUGACCCCGGGUCGUACCGUCUUGUUGACCCACACAGGGUGCUGUGUAAUUUAAAUAUUCAAUGUAAAAUAUCGCUACUUUCCGUUGGAGUUACUUACAAAAAUAAAACGUUUAUUUUA